AUGGCGGGAGGCGGCGGGAGCGAGAGUCCCGCGGUGACGGUUUCCCUCCACGUGCUGGAAACGCUGGCGGCUUCGCCGGCGCCGAACGAUCUUUCGCGGUUUUCGCUGUUUAUCCGCGGGCUGCUGGACUUCGCGGACCGGCUGUCGGUGGCGCAGGCGGAUUCGCUGCUGGGCGUGCUGUGCCGGCUGGCGUCCGAAUCGCGGGAGAGCGGGAAUUCGUUCGACGAAUUGUUCAUCUUGGUGCGCAAAUAUCUCCAGAUGAGCGACGCGGGACACAAAAAAAUGGGCGUUUUGGGAUGCUGCGCCGUGCUGCGGUUCUCCCGCGGGGAUCCCGAGAGCGCCAAAAACCUCUUCGCGUUCGCGGGAAAAGCCACGCGGAACUUUCCAGAAAUCCGGCUGUUUUUCUAUGAACGGCUCACCGCGGGAAUCGAAGCCGGACAGAUCCGCGGGGAGGUGUUGGAGUUUGUGCGGGAUUCGACGACCAACUGGUUCGACGCCCAUUACCUCGAGGAUUUCCCCAUCCCCGCGGGGAGCCGCCUGCUCCAGAACGUCGAGGCGCUGCAUCCCGCGGGACUGAUGAAUUUGGACGGGGAGGUAGGCUCCGAUUCCCGCGGUUCUUGGUAG